AUGUUUUACUUCAAAAUAUGGAAAGCUCUCAGUGAGGAGUUCCAUGUUGUGUGCAUUGAUCUUUUAGGAUUUGGAAGGUCUUCCAGACCUAAGUUCACGUGUAAAACCUCUGAAGAAGCUGAAGACUUCUUCGUUUUGUCCAUUGAGAAAUGGAGAGAACAAAUGCAGCUUGAUUCAUUCAGCAUUUGUUGUCACAGCUUCGGAGGAUACGUAAUGGGGAGAUAUGCUCUGAGGUUUAGCGAACAUAUCAAAAAACUGAUAUUCUUAUCAUCAUUAGGAGUUGAUUAUGUGCCUGAAGAUAUUGAUAAAGGUUUAGAUGAAUUUUAUAAAACUCUAAGUUCCCGUCAAAGAAGAAUGUUUAGACUGCAAAAAUAAAUUACCAAAAUUUCUCAUAACUAUUGCUCCAUUUACCCCAUUAAGAAUCCUUGAAAGAAUAUCAGGUAGAUUUUUAAAAAGAGGGAUGAGGUGAAGAAUGGGGAGACUAUCUCGAGAGGAAUUUCAGGCAAUCUUACAUCCACCUUUAUCAAGUGACUCUAAAGCCUGCCAGUCUGAGAAGGCUAUCCAUGUAUUGUUCACCAGGAACUUCAUCCCCAAACACCCUCUCAUCGAAGCCAUCGACGCACCUGAUGGCUUCAAAGCCAGAGGCAUCGGCACAUGUUUUAUCUACUGCUACUCCUACUGGCUGGAUAUGAACAUGAACGGGCCCAAGGUCAGCAAAACUCUUGGAAAUGAAGGCCAUAGAGUUUAUGUAAUCUCAGAAUCUGAUAACCACAUUUAUUUCGAUAACCCUGAGGAAUUGGUGAAUAUCAUGAUGAGUGAACUAGGGGAGAUUAUUUCCAAAUGUAACAAAAGACUUUAA